UGAAAAUAGGUGCGGAAAAAUAACACUGACCUUCUGCUCCGAAUCAGAAGCUCUAGGCUAAUAUUGUCCCUCACGAGUGGCGGAAAACCACAUUAUGCCAAAUUUCACCUCGCUGUUGAUUGUGGUUUGUGUAGUUUUAUGUGUUACUACUGUGGGCGCGAGACCGCCAGAGAACCUGCCUUUGGAACCGACGGACUCCAGUGAGGAGACCAAAACAGACCUGACAAAAUUCUCUAAUGGAAACUUCCAGACAGAUGGCGUGGGCACAUUAAGGAAGAGGUUUAACCGUCUUCCAGGAGUGUGCAGGCGUUUGAAGAGAAGGAGAAUAACAGUUCUGUGCAACGUUGAAAAGUACUGCUCUGCUUGGAGGGACUCUCAGCAUGGCCAUAUCUGCUCCUGUCCCAAAGCAUCAAAGUGCACUCACUUUUUCUUAAAGAGUUUUUAAUUUCAUAUUGCAGUGCU